GACACUCAGUAGCGUUUGGUACGCAGUAAGUGGCGGUUGGUUAAAUUUUGAGGUCUAAUUUCUUUUAAUUCAAUAGAGUUUUAUUUUCUGCAAAAAACGCUUGCAUACAAAAAAACAAUUUAAUAAAAAAGUCAAACACCUUUUAAAAAGAAAGCAGACAAACAAAUUCUUACAAAAUGUGCAAGUGUUUGGCCGGAAAUGUUGCCUGCUGUUGUCUCAAUUGUGCAGUCGGAGUUUUAAUGUCUAUUAUUAGUGCGUUCCUGGUUAUCAUUAUAAUCGUUGGUAUUGUGGUAUACUUUGUUUAUUAUCACGAUGGUGACCACAGUGAUGAUGUUCAAAAUUCUGUGGAUAAAUUCAAGAAUGCCUUGUCGGAUAACUUCGAUAAAGCUUCAAAAAUUCUAAAUGAUUAAAUGAUUAAAUGAAAUAACUAUUCCUAAAAAAAAGUUCAUUUUAGUUUUGCAAAAUGAACGUGUAACGAAUCUCCAUCAUAAUUUUUCACCUAUAUAUACCUAAAUGUAUUUAUUAUAAUAUUUAUAUGCCUAUGUAAUGUGUAUUUAAUUUUUAAGACUUAAAUAUUUUAUAAUAUUGAAAUUUAUCUAAUGAAAACUAAAUCCUCCUAAUAAUCAUAAAAAUUACAACUAACUUAUAUUUAUGCAUUGAAUAUAACAAGAUUCACAACAAAACAAUCUUUCUCCAAUAAUAAUGCCAUUGUCUUAAUACAAAAAGUCAAAUCAAAAUAGUGGACCUGUAAAUUAAUAAUUAACUUAUUAAUUUUAGAAGAAGACAAAACAAAAAAAAUGUACAAUUUUUAAUAAAAUAUGUGCAUACAUUUAUUUUAUGUAUGUAUUAUAUAUAAUAUGUAUGAAUGUACAAUGUUAAAAUGUAUGUAAGUUUGUUUUGCAUGCAUUUGAAUAAGUUUCUCAGUUACUAUUAUUAUAUGUAUGAAUUUUUACUGUAACUUAUAUUUAUUAUAAAUAUUUAAUAAAUUUAAAUACAAAAAAAUAUGUAAA